AUGGUGAAGACUUCGCAGAGGAAGCAGCAUGAUUGUGGAAAAGAAUCCAAACCAAAGCCCACUUUAAACAUCUCGAUCCCUUUGAGGAUGUCCAGUUACAUAUUUAAGAGACCAGUUACUAGGAUCACAUCCCAUCCUGGAAAUGAGGUCAGACACUAUCGCUGGGAGGAAACCUUGGACAACCCCCAACAGCUGUGCUGGCAGAAGAGACUGCAAGGACUCCAGGCCUGCAGCAGUGCAGGAGAACUGUUAAGCCCUUUGGAUCUAGCCAAAGCCUUGCAAAAACUUGCACCUAGUUGCACAGGUGAAUCCCUGCCAGGGGUACAUGCAGGUGGUCCAAACUGCGGCCCCAUGGCCACGCCUGCCUGGUCUUCAGAUUUGUCAGAGCCAAUUCCAGGAGCUGAUGUGGAUACCCCACAGUGCCUCUGCAAACAAUGUCUGGUAACUGAGGAGGAUAUCAGGAGUCAGGAAAGGAGAGUGGAGACAGCAAGGGAGAGGCUGGCGAUGGCACUGACUGCAGACAGGCGCAACGAGGCAGGGAAACGGAGGGGCCAAGAAGGAUGUCCUGGACAAAUGCCCUGA